AUGUACAGCAUGAUGAUGGAGACGGACUUGCACUCCCCCGGCGGAGCCCAGGCCCCCACGAACCUCUCGGGGCAGACCGGAGCGGGAGGCGGCGGCGGCGGCGGCGGCGGCGGCGGGGACAAAGCGAACCAGGACCGGGUCAAGAGACCCAUGAACGCCUUCAUGGUGUGGUCGCGGGGCCAGCGGCGGAAGAUGGCCCAGGAGAACCCCAAAAUGCACAACUCGGAGAUCAGCAAGCGCCUGGGGGCCGAGUGGAAAGUCAUGUCGGAGGCCGAGAAGAGACCGUUCAUCGACGAGGCGAAGCGGCUGCGGGCGCUGCACAUGAAGGAGCACCCGGAUUAUAAAUACCGGCCCCGGCGGAAGACCAAGACCCUGCUCAAGAAGGACAAGUACUCGCUGGCCGGGGGCCUGAGCGCCGGCUCGGCCGGGGGAGGCCCGGCCGGCGUCGGCGUGGGCAUGGGCGUCGGCGUCAGCCCCGGCGGCGUCGGGCAGCGGCUGGAGAGCCCCGGCGGCACGGCCAGCGGCGGCUACGCGCACAUGAACGGCUGGGCCAACGGCGCCUACCCGGGCUCGGUGGCGGCGGCGGCGGCGGCGGCGGCGAUGAUGCAGGAGGCGCAGCUCGCCUACAGCCAGCACCCGGGCAGCGGGGGGCACCCGCACCACCCGCACCCCCACCACCCGCACCACCCGCACAACCCGCAGCCCAUGCACCGCUACGACAUGGGCGCCCUGCAGUACAGCCCCAUCUCCAACUCGCAGGGCUACAUGAGCGCCUCGCCCUCGGGCUACGGCGCCCUGCCCUACGGCUCCCAGCCCCACCAGAACUCGGCGGCGGCGGCGGCGGCAGCGGCGGCGGCGGCGGCCGCCUCCUCGGGGGCGCUGGGCGCCCUGGGCUCGCUGGUGAAGUCGGAGCCCAGCGUGAGCCCGCCCGUCACCUCGCACUCGCGGGCCCCGUGCCCCGGGGACCUGCGGGAGAUGAUCAGCAUGUACUUACCGGCCGGGGAAGGCGGGGAUCCGGCGGCCGCCGCCGCCCAGAGCCGGCUCCACUCCCUGCCCCAGCACUACCAGAGCGCCAGCACGGGGGUGAACGGCACCGUCCCCUUGACGCAUAUCUGA